AUGUCGUCGUCCCCCCCGCCACCCCCUUGGGACUACAUUGCAAAGCUCGUGUGCAUUGGCGAUUCUGGCUGUGGCAAGAGCAGCCUGACCAUUCGUCUGUGUGAGGGUCGCUUUAUCGCCCACCACGACGUCACCAUCGGCGUCGAGUUUGGCAGCCGCAUUGUCCCCGUUGGCCCCCCCCACAGCCGCACGCUCCCCGCCACCUCGACCGUCUCGUUGCCCAAGGAAGAAGAAGCCGAUGCAGCCGAUACGACCCGCCCCUCUGUAUCCUCUUCGGAUGGCACCACCGUCGCUGCUAAGAAGCUGAACGGCCUCCCGGAGCCGCGGCGGCGAUCCCUGCCGGCUGAGCCCCAGAAACACAUGAAGCUCUCGCUCUGGGACACCGCCGGCCAGGAGACAUACAAGUCUGUCACCCGCUCCUACUUUCGCGGUGCCUCUGGCGCCCUGCUCGUCUUCGACCUCUCGCGCAAACAGACCUUUCUGCACGUCAAGGACUGGCUCGAUGACCUGCGCCAGAUUGCCGAUCCCGAUAUCGUCGUCGUGCUCGUCGGCAACAAGGCUGAUCUCGCCCAGGCCUCCCAGUCCGCCGACAACAUUGGCAGCGGCAACGGCGACGGCAUCGCUGGAGACUCCCCAAAUCAGCGCCAGGUCACCCGCGAAGAGGCUCAGGACUGGGCCCGUCGCAACGGCGUGCUCGAGUACGUCGAGACCAGCGCCAAGAGCGGCGAGAACGUCGAGCAUGCCUUCUUGCGUGUCGCCGAGCGCAUCUACCAGAAGAUUCAGGCCGGUCGCUACGACCUCAACGACCGCCGCUCCGGCGUCAAGGGACCCGGCUUUGCUGCUCCUGCUGUCUCCGCCAAUGGCCGCCCGUUGCGUCUAGAUGCGCGUGCCAAGUCCUCCGGCGGCGGCUGCUGCUGA